AAAAUAGCUGGAGAUUUCGGAUGUGUUGCAUCUGUUCGUGACAAACGAUCGUGCACAGUGGAUCCAGACCCCACAGACACACUCCGAACUGAAACCAGCUCCAGAAAAUGGCUCAGUGUGCAGCAGCGGCGGCGACUAGUGGCGAUGUGAACGGAGACGGCAAGACGAAGAGGAAAGUGGCCAUCAUUACAGGCAUAACCGGACAGGAUGGGUCCUACCUGGCUGAGUUUCUGCUGGCUAAAGGUAUGAGGAGAGUGAUACUUGUCUUUUGUAAUGUUCUAACCGUGACGCGACUGAAUACGGAGAUCGACCUUGGAAAUGCUGCACAUGACGACAUUACAAUACCAUAUCCUACGGUUCAGUGUGUUUGGCAGAUCUCUUUUGACCUGGCUGAGUACACCGCAGAUGUUGACGGGGUGGGGACCCUACGGCUGCUGGAUGCAGUGAAGACCUGCGGUUUAACUGACACCGUCCGCUUCUACCAGGCCUCCACCAGCGAGCUCUACGGGAAAGUACAGGAAAUUCCCCAGAAGGAGACCACACCAUUUUACCCACGAUCUCCUUAUGGUGCUGCUAAACUCUAUGCAUACUGGAUAGUGGUAAACUUCAGGGAAGCCUAUAACCUCUUUGCUGUGAAUGGGAUCUUGUUCAAUCAUGAGAGUCCUAGAAGAGGUUCAAAUUUUGUAACUAGGAAGAUCAGUCGCUCUGUGGCGAAGAUCCAUCUUGGGCAGUUGCAGUGCUUCAGUCUGGGCAAUCUGGACUCCAAGAGAGACUGGGGCCAUGCCAAAGAUUAUGUGGAGGCGAUGUGGCUGAUGUUGCAGCAGGAGGAGCCUAUCGAUUUUGUCAUUGCGACGGGGGAAGUGCACAGUGUACGGGAGUUCGUGGAGAAGGCCUUCAAACACGUGGGCAAAACUAUUGUGUGGGAGGGGAAGAAUGAGGAGGAGGUGGGCCGAUGUCAGGAGACGGGAGAGAUUCAUGUGAAGGUGGAUCCGAAGUACUAUCGGCCAACUGAAGUGGACUUCUUACAGGGAGACAGUUCCAAAGCCUUGAAGAUCAUCGGCUGGAAACCACGUGUGACGUUCGAGGAGCUUGUUAAAGAAAUGGUGGACGCGGACAUCGAGCUCAUGCGGAACAACCCGAAUGCCUGAGCCCCCACGCCUUCAUCUCCACGCAUGCCAAAGAGGAGGUUGUCAUGUGUUUGUGUGUUUGAUCACUGGAAGAAGCAUUCAGCUGCAUUUCUGUUCCUCCGUCUGUCAUUUUCUCUGCUGCUUUAGCUUUCUGAUCUCAGUUUCACUGUGUUUUGAGGGUCCCCGCUGUUGCCUUUCUCUGUUCCUUAAUACCGUCAUAUUUAAGAUUGUGUAUGGAUUUUUAGUUCGUCUUCUGUCUAAAUGAUUUUUAUCCAUUUUUAUAAAGCCGUUUUUAUUCAUAAUCAUGAAAAAAUGUAUAAAUAAGGGAUUAAAGGGUUUGUAGAGCUUUUUAAAGCUGUUUGCUGUUUUAUUCAUGUGAUUUCUUAAACUGAAGUGAUGACAUUAUUUGGUUGGAUCUUCAAAAAUUGUUUCCUGAUUAUUUAAAAUGCAAAUACAAACUGAAAUUUUAAAA